AUGGAUUGGACUCAUGAAGAACAAGCCAUAUUAGAAGAGGGUUUGUGCAAAUAUUCCUCCGAGACAAGCAUUGUCCGAUAUGCAAAAAUUGCCGUGCUGCUAAAAAAUAAGACCGUACGUGAUGUGGCACUGCGCUGUAGAUGGAUGACCAAGAAAGAUAUUUGCAAGAGAAGGAAAGAGGACUUCAACGCUCGGAAAAUCAAAGACAGAAAAGAAAAAGUUAUUGAAUCCUUUGCAAAGCCUUCUCGUUUGGGGAUCCAGCCGGGUUUAUCUCAUGCUCCUGGAAUGGUUUCAAAUUUCAAUGAUGACAUCAUCUCAUACAACGAUGUUAAUGGAGCCACCCAUCAGCUGCUGCAGCAAAAUGCUUGGGCUUUUAAACAGAUAUCCACAAAUCUCGCCACCCAUCAGAUGCAUGAAAACAUUUGUCUUCUAAGUCAAGCUCGAGACAACAUAUUCAAAAUAUUGAGCAACUUGAACGAGAUGGGCCCCACAAUGAAGAGAAUGCCUCCGCUUCCACAGGUCUUUAAGAUAUCCGGAAUCGUCUUUACCUUUGAAGGCACGAAGAACCACAUCCGGCUUGGGGAGAUUUUUGCGUUGAGGCACUUUCACGGGGAGGUGGAUGCGCUGGUCCCUGAGAUCUCGAUCAAGUUCUCCCUCUCCCACCGAACAUACACCACAUUCUAUGCUCCAUUGCUGAUGAAGAGCGAAAGGAAUUCUUAUUGGUCCCUGACCCAGAAGACCCCAACCAAUCGGGUACCAUAUUUCAUUUGUUACACUUCGGAGGUGUUGGCCGAGAAUGAUCAGAAAUAUGAAAAUGGGACAACGAGCGCGAAAUACAGCGAAAAGGCGGAUGUGUACAACUUUGAGAUGAUAUGCUUCAAGCUCCUGAUGGGGAAAGUCCCGUCCGAGGACGCGCACUUGCAGGGGGAAAAGACAAGACCCUCUCGUAGACCACCAAAUCAAUCUUGCUAG